AUGAGCGAAACACGACCUCGUCAAAAUUUUCACGAAGAAUGUGAGGCUGGUAUUAACCGUCAGAUCAACCUGGAACUCUAUGCUUCUUAUGUGUAUGAGUCCAUGGGAUUUUACUUUGAUCGUGAUGAUGUGGCUCUACCUGGCUUUUCAAAAUUCUUCAGGGAGAGAUCUGGAGAGGAAAGGGAACAUGCUGAAAAAUUCAUGAAGUAUCAGAACAAGAGAGGUGGUCGAAUUAUUCUUAAGCAAAUUGAGAAACCUGAGCGGGAUGAUUGGGGCACUGGUUUGGAUGCAAUGGAAGCAUCUCUAGAGCUGGAGAAGAAAGUCAAUGAAGCUCUCUUAGAGCUGCAUAAAGUUGCUGACAAGAAUCGUGACCCUCAGAUGAUGGAUUUCAUUGAAAGUGAAUAUCUUGCUGAGCAGGUUGAUGAUAUCAAAGUUCUAUCUGACCAUAUCACCAACCUAAAACGUGUGGGUGGAGGAUUGGGCGAAUACUUGUUUGACCGAAAUUUGAAGAGCUAA